AUGGAUGCGUGGUGCCGGCACAGCGCUGCAUUCGACUGCAUGCCCCAGCCAGCAGCCUGCUGCCCCGACUGGAUGGCGGGGCUGCCUGACGCCCUGCCCCUCUCUCGCCUCUCCAUCCCUGGCACGCACGAUUCCCUCAGCCUGUUCGGCGGCCGGCGCCUGCGGUGCCAGAGCUGGGGCCUGGAGGCCCAGCUGGCGGCCGGCGUGCGCUUCUUGGACGUGCGCUGCAAGCUGGAGCGGGGCGAGCUCCGCGUCUACCACCUCUGCACCUUCCAGCGGGCCAGCCUGCGGGGCGUCCUGCGCCGCACCCUGCGCUUCCUCCGCGCCCACCCCGGCGAGGCCGUGCUCAUGCGCAUCAAGGAGGAGCUGCCCUUCUUCUCCCGGCCCGGCUUCGCCGCCCGGCUCCAGCGCUGCUUGCUGGAGGAGGGACGGGGCCGCCUGUGGUGCCGCGAGGAGGUGCCCACGCUGGGCCAGGUUCGGGGCAAGAUCGUGGUGCUGGAGGCGCUGGAGCAGGCGGUGCUGGGCAUCCCCUACGAGCAGCUGAGCAUCAGUGAUGCCUGGAACGUGCUCUCCCUGGAGAGGAAAUGGGCCCGAGCGCGGCGGCACCUGGAGGCGGCGGCCAGCGGGGACCCCACCAAGAUGCACCUCACCUUCUGCUCCGGCAACGGGCUCUUCACCUGCCCCGAGGACGUGGCCCGCUUCGUCAACCCCCGCUGCUACCGGCACCUGCGGCGCCGGUCGGGGCAGGCGGUGCGCUGGGGGGUGGUCAUCAUGGACUUCCCCGGGGCAGGCCUCCUCCGGCUCAUCGUGGAGAGCAACGCCCCGUGGGCGAGCGGGCGCGUCGCAGCGGCACCCAGCACCCCCGCGGCACCCCGGCGGCGGAGGGGACGGGCGCUGCGGGCAGCACCGCUGGGGCCGGUGUCCCCCGUGCCGCUGCCAGCCCCACGCAUCCGCCGAACGACAUCGGUGCCCUUGGGGAAGAAGAGUGGCCGUAGCUCCCGUGCGGCACCGCGAAGCCUUCAUGUGACGGCUGUGUGA